AUGCUCUACGAACAGACAGGUGGUUGCCGUUCUCAAAAUAGAUACACGUGUUGCAACAAGGUGCUGGAGGCUGCGAUGAAAAGUGCAAUGAAAGGCAACGAUUUGUUGAAUAUUGCGGAUUCAAUUCAGAAGGACGCCGAGAAAUCAUUGGGCGGGAAAUUUGAGGCUGUUGUUGCUCUUGAUGACUUCGCAUACAAAAAUCACUUCAAGGAAGGCAGAUCAUGUAAAGUUGAAAAGGAUGGCCAGUACGCACUUGCUUGGCAGCCGUAG